GGCAAGAUGAGUUUACAUAACAAGAUCUGUCUGGUGACUGGUGCUUCACGUGGUAUUGGUAGAGGUAUAGCUCUGGCUCUAGGUAGUGAAGGAGCUACCGUUUACAUAACUGGACGAACUCUGGAACUUUCCAGCAAAGCUCCAGGAUCUCUGAAUAUUACUGCUGAGGAGGUGAAUGCAAGGGGUGGAGUUGCUAUUCCUGUUCAAUGUGAUCAUGGAGUCGACGAGGAGAUUUACAGACUCUUUGAUAAGAUCAAGAAGGAUCAUGGAAGGAUUGAUCUGCUCGUCAAUAAUGCAUAUAAAGGUGUAAACACUAUUAUAAAGAAUUCACCAGUCCCUUUCUGGGAGCAGCCCGCAGAAUCCUGGGAUGAUUGUAUUCAUGUCGGUUUGAGGUGUCAUUUCAUAGCAGCACAAGGAGCAGCUAAAAUGAUGGUUAAUCAGAAAGAUGGUCUUAUCGUCAACAUCUCCUCAGCUGGGGCCCUCUUCAAUUUCUUUACCACUCCUUACGGGGUGGGCAAAGCUGGAUUGGAUAAGAUGUCUGAAAUGUGUGGUAAGGAGUUGAAAAAACACAAUGUCACCUGUAUAUCACUGUGGCCUGGACUUGUGCAAACAGAGACUCUUAUGGCUGCAAAGGAUCAGCUUGAAAAAACUAAAAUUGAAGGCGUGAAACUAAACAUGUCAAGAGGAGAGACUGUAGAGUAUGCAGGAAGAGCUAUAGUUGGUCUUAUGAAUGACAAGAAUGUUCAAGCCAAAAGUGGUAAGACAAUCGCAACAGCUGAUUUAGGUGCAGAAUAUGGCUUUAUUGAUGUCGAUGGACGAACCCAUUACUCAAUGAGAUGUGUGAAGAGUUCAGUUGCUAUUCACUAUCCAUGGCUCGCCUCAAUUAUUCCAGCAUUUAUCAAAGUUCCUUGGGCCUUGCUCGUCGCCAUGGUUCACCAUUAUUAUUAAGUUUGGAUGAGUAAUUUUAUCUUUGUACAGUCGGACUUAAUAUUUUAUAGAUUAUUCAGAAUUGAUUAUUGAUUUUUUCAGAUUGUUGAAGUUUGAGUUUAUUAUUGUUUUAAUUUCUUCUAAUCAGACCUUCAGACCCAAUUUAAUUUUACCUGAUUUAUAAACAUAUAAUUAUAAUAAUACACUGACCGAAAACAUGCCCGAGUUUUAUUUUUUACAAUUUUGUAGUGUUCUGAAUCGUUAUCAAAUUAUUUCUAUUCUUUAUUGCUUAUAGCUUUUAUG